AUGUGGCGUCAAGGUGAAGUCCCGCAAGAUUUCAAGGACGCAACAAUCGUGCACCUAUACAAGCGCAAAGGUUACCGCCAAGUCUGCGUCAAUCACCGUGGCAUCUCCUUGCUGAAAAUCGCAGAGAAGUUCUUCGCUCGCAUCCUGCUCAACCGCCUAAAUAACCAUCUGGAACAGGGUCUGCUGCCGGAAAGCCAAUGCGGCUUCCGUCGUCAUCGUGGGACCACGGAUAUGAUCUUCGCCGCCCGUCAACUUCAGGAGAACUGCCAGGAGAUGCAGACCCACGUGUACUCUACUUUUGUGGACCUGACGAAAGAUUUCGACACGGUGAAUCGUGAAGGACUGUGGAAGAUCAUGCAGAAAUUCGGUUGUCCGGAGCGAUUCAUCCAGAUGGUGCGUCAGCUGCACGACGGUAUGAUGGCGCGAGUUACGGACAACGGAGCUGUCUCAGAGGCAUUCGCAUUGACCAACGGAGUGAAGCAGGUAUGCGUGCUGGCACCAACCCUCUUCAGUCUUAUGUUCUCUGCCAUGCUGAUGGACGCCUACCGCGACGAACGCCCCGGGAUCCGCAUCGCCUACAGAACGGACGGUGAUCUCCUGAAUCAACGGCGCAUGAACUUCCAAUCACGCGUAUCCACAACCACAGUGCACGAACUGCUCUUCGCCGACGACUGCGCCCUGAACACCAGCUCGGAAGAGGAGAUGCAACGGAGCAUGGAUCUGUUCUCCGCCGCCUGCGAGAACUUCGGUCUGGUCAUUAACACGUAGAAGACGGUGGUGAUGCACCAACCGCCACCCAACUCAGCCACAGCCCCGAACGCGCCGCCGCAAAUCAGCGAGAAUGGGACUCAACUGCAAGUGGUGGAGAACUUCCCGUACCUGGGCAGUACCCUCUCCCGCAACACCUAGAUCGAUGACGAAGUAGCCAACAGGAUCUCGAAAGCCAGUCAAGCCUUCGGUCGCCUCCAAAGCACUGUCUGGAAUCGUCACGAUCUUCAACUGAACAAAAAGCUGAAGAUGUACAAGGCCGUCAUCCUGCCGACGCUACUGUACGGAGCAGAGACCUGGACGGUGUACACGAGGCAGGCACGUCGACUGAACCACUUCCACCUCAGUUGUCUCCGUCGCAUCCUGAGGCUGAAGUGGCAGGAUCGAAUCCCCGACACUGGCGUGCUAGAACGGACGGGAAUGCUCAGCAUCUACUCCAUGCUGAGACAAAUGCAGUUGCGCUGGAGCGGCCACCUGGUGCGCAUGGACGACGAGCGACUACCCAAACGACUCUUUUACGGAGACGUCGCGACGGGUUCUCGUCGUCAAGGAGGCCAAAUUCGCCGGUACAAGGUCACUCUGAAGUCCUCCCUGAAGCGCCUGCAAAUCAACCCGACCAACUGGGAAGAGCUCGCCCGCGAUCGUCCGACAUGGAGGAGAACAGUAAAGACGGGCGCAGCUAUCCACGAAGCCAACCGCAUCGCCGCCGCACAACCGCUCCCUACGUGUCCUCGAGGUUAACGUACAUUCCGGGCUCGAAUCAGACUUGUUGGACAACUUCGAAUCAACUGCGCCUCUCGAACUGCCCCAACCAUCGUUCCUCUGCCCGCCUCAUCUUCGUCCUCUCUACCGCCAACUAACUCUGACACUUCUUCUGUACCACCACCACCACCACCACCACUACCUCCAUCCUCCUCCUCCUCCUCCUCCUCCUCCUCCUCCUCCUCCUCCUCCUCCUCCUCAUCCUCCACUGCCCCAGCGGAGGCCGUUCAGGUUGCCGUCUCGCCCAUCAACCCCGACACAACAACCGACACCACCCCCAACUCUUGCGAUUCCAGUGAUGAGGAUCAGGACUACACCUGCCCUCACUGCGACGGCACCUUCAAUUCACGCAUCGGCCUGGUCGGUCACUUGCGAAUGCAUCGCACAGAGACUGGUGAACCAGUGCCUGGAGCACCAACCUACACCCACCGCACUCGCCUCCACUGCCCACACUGCCCUCGCACAUUCACGCAUCGCAUGGGACUAUUCGGUCACAUGCGCAUCCACGACGACCUGCGGUAG